AGCUAAAAAAACUCUAAACAUGUCUAAAUUGUUGUCUCCUUCUACUUCUUCUUUCUCUUCCUCUUCCUCUCCAUUGUUGUUUCCAGAUGUUCAUCACUCAAGGAAACUGUUACUACACACUCCUAUUUAUCAAUCUCCACAAGAUACUGCAAUUCCACCAAGCCACGAGCAUCGAUAUUGGUCAUCAUCAGAACCCUAUACAGGCCAAAGUAGCUUUGAUGCAAAUGUAGUGAUGAUCCUUUCAGUCCUCUUAUGUGCUCUAAUUUGUGCACUUGGGCUUAAUUCUAUCAUUAGAUGUGCACUAAGGUGCCCAAGCCAAGUGAGUUAUGAAUCAGGUAACAACACAUCAAAUAGGGAAGGUAACACUGGAGUGAAGAAAAAAGCUCUCAAUAUGUUCCCUGUACUAGCUUACUCAGCUGAGCUUAAGCUACCUGGAUUGGACCCUGAGUGUGUCAUAUGCCUCUCGGAAUUCGCGCCGGGCGAGCGGGUCAGGGUCCUGCCCAACUGCAACCAUGGAUUCCACACUCGAUGUAUUGAUAAAUGGCUCUUGGAACACUCUUCAUGUCCCACUUGUAGGCACUGCCUGAUUGACACUUGUCAGAAGAUUGUAGGCUGCGGCCAAACUAGUUCAUCUGCACCACCACCACCACCACCACCGGCGGAAGUACCCAUUGUACCUUUAGAACCAGAAGGUUUUAUCCGUAGUUACCAGAGUAGUAGCUAGUAAUUGUAUACUCCUCAAUUGAGCUUAGAGGUUUGAUCCCAGCUUUCCCACAAAAGGGAGGGGGGAAUGGGGAAGUGUACAAAGUUGUACAAAUAUCAUACUCAUAAAAAAUAGUUGUACAAAUUUCA